UAAACUAUCUUAAUUUUUUUAUUAUUUGAAAACCUCCUUUGUGAUCUGGGUUUUCCGUUUCAUUAUUGAUCCUUGCAUUAAACUUCAUGGACAGUAUGUUUACUUUUUUGUUUUGAAGCUUUUAUCUGAGGUUUUCCUAGGGAGGUACUUUUGAUCAAUGGUGGAAAUGAAACUUCAACCUUGUGCUAGCUUGGUUAAUGCUUCAACAAUGUGUGCAAUAGAGAAAGGGAUGAAAGGUGAGAGCAGUACCGUAAAUUUCAUAGCAGAGAUUGCAGCCGAGUUGCAAAGAGAACGAGCGAAAAAUGCAGAGCUUAUGGAGAGAAUAUCAUCACUUGAAGCUCAAAUACAAGAAAGGGAUAAGGAAUCUCUUAUAACAAAUGAACAAGUUAGCUGUCUUGAUACCGCGGAACGAAGCUUCAAAAGACAGAAAAUUGAAAGUGCUAGUCAUAGAAGCGGAGAUGGAAAUGGUAUCGAAAGUGAAACGGCUUCCAAGUCAAGAAAUGGGACGCCAAACAUGCCUCGUGUGGAUGAAAACCAGGAAGACCAGUUAGUUAAUUGGAUGAGCAUGGACGAGACACACUUUUCACGUUUUGAUAAACUUAAAGACGGUGACAUCGCGGGAUAUCACGAGGAUAUGGAUGAGAGUGAUGAUGAAGAUGAAUAUUACGAAGAGGAUGAUUCCAACAUCGGGUAUAAAGAUAAAGAAAAUGAAGAGAAUCUAAUAAGUACUUGUGAAGAAGAACUUCAUGAGGAAGGUGAUGGCCAUGGAAUGCCUAUAUUGAGUCUCCAAAGUUGUCCCGGUGGUACGAGUGAGCUUACUUUUGCUAACACGAGCAAGUUAAUGAAAGAAAAUCAAGAAAAGGACUAUACAUUACGGGAUAUACAAGUACCUUUAAACCCAAGCAAUCUGAAGUAUGAGCCUUGUCAAAUGGUAUUAUCUGGGAAGACAUCAAAAAAACCUCCGAAAGUUCCUUUCUGUCCGAAAGAAAUAAAGAAAAUACUAGAAUCGGAUGUGCUUUUAUUGAAAAACGCACAGUCGCACACCAUAAGGAAGAUCAUCGUUUUUGCAUCCCUCGGCAUAAGGCAUGGAUGUGAAGAUAUGUACGAGCUCGACUUUAAUCACUUCAGAAUUUUAAGGAAGGGGGAUCCAUAUGUAUCUCCAAGUAACCCGGGUGAGCAUGUCUUAUACGAAAAUCCUGGCAUCCAGAGGAAGGUUUUCUAUCCAAAUCGACAGAAUCCAACACUAUGCCCUGUUCAAAUACUCGAGGAAGAGAAGGCUAUGCGACCAUCUGAUCCUAGUUGUCCAUCGUGCCUGUUUUUGUGCAUCAAGUAUGGUGGAAGAACAAGAAAUCUGCCUCAAAAUGAAUAUGUCAGGCAACAAAUGGGAAGAAAUAAACUCAAGUCUUUCGGACCUAUCAUGUGCCGAAUGGCAAUGCUCGUCCAUAUUCGUAGUGGGAGCUUCUUCUUCAAGGCCUUGGGCAUCACACUACUUUUCAUGGCCGGUUUUCCUGACGACAUUGUUCAAAGAGAAACGAAAUAUCGGAACCUAGACUUGCUGCAAAAAUAUUAUAGGACCGACAAGGAUGCCGAAGGUGAAGAGUUGUUUCUUUCACAUUCGGUAGCUUCCAACAUUCAGGCUAGUCCUAGCUCUCAGCCAUUGAAGACAACCUCAACAAAAACCAAAGGAAAAAGGCAUACAAACUCCAACAACAAAUCUCUCACUUUGCCGAAAGCCUCGUAUCACCAAUCGGCACCGUCGAGUUCAACACACCCUGCUCAAUUCGGUCUAAUGGGCUACACAUCAAUUCAAACUCACGCAAUGGCAACAUUUCAAACCACACCAUCCCAGGCUCGACCCAAUACUACGAAGAGUCUUGGUAACAAUAUCUCCUACCAUAACCAAACCCCGUAUCACUUGUUUCCACCGCAACCUGCGAAUAGUUUCAUGCCUAUGGUAUUUUGGCCUCCACCAAAUGUGUUCCCUCCCGGUCCUUAUCCUCCUACAUACAGUUAUCGGUCCUUUCCGACGAAUGCGAAUUAUGUCUCUGUCCAUCCACAGCCUUAUUAUAAUCACCCUUCAUCCAGUUGUUUUACUCCAAAGAUAACAGAAGGCAAUAAUGGGAAGAAUGUUUCAGCAUCCUCGGAACCUGAUAGCAACUCGAAUAGCAGUUCGAGUAGUACGGAAGAACCGAAAGAGGCAUUAGCUAGCUGCAGAUAGUGGAUCAAGUAUCAUGCAUAUACAAAUUUUCUUGUAUCAUUCAUUUGAUGAAUAGAUUACCAAAAUUUGCAUCAAACAAUCAUUUAUCAUAAUUUGGGGGACUUCUCUGAAAUACACACAUAUGUAGCCUUGUAUAGUAGAGGUGGUAAUUCGGACGGCAGAUUUGAAUAGUAUUUUGAUUUAAAUGUUAAAGUUACUAUCAGUUACAAAUUUAGAGUGGAUGCGGAUAGAUAUCUCCAUCUAAUAUUCAUUAUUC